UUCCUUUCUCCGUCGGCUAGAACCCGGACGGCGACAGCACCCUCUGGCUUCGGACCAUCCUGCGCCAGGCCCAGCGCUGCGCGUGGCCCCAGCGGCAGCAUGGGCGGCGCCCGGUAUGUGGGCUGGGUGGCGGCGGGCCUGGUCCUAGCGGCCGGCGUCUGCUACUGCUUCUACAGGCUGACGCGGGGCCGGCGGCGAGGCGGCCCCGGGCUACGGCCUCGCCUCUCGCCGUCUACAGAAGACUUAACCAAUGACUCAUAUGAUGAUAUCCUAAAUGCUGAACAACUUCAGAAACUCCUUUACCUGCUUGAGUCUACUGAGGAUCCUGUCAUUAUCGAAAGAGCUUUGGUCACUCUGGGUAACAAUGCAGCCUUUUCAGUCAACCAAGUCAUGAUUCGUGAAUUGGGUGGUAUUCCAAUCAUUGGAAGCAAAAUCAACAAUCCCAACCAGAGUAUUAAAGAGAAAGCUUUAAAUGCACUGAAUAACCUGAGUGUGAAUGUUGAAAAUCAAAUAAAGAUAAAGGUGUACGUCAGUCAAGUCUGUGAGGAUGUCUUCUCCGGCCCCCUGAACUCCGCUGUGCAGCUGGCCGGACUGAGGUUGUUAACAAACAUGACAGUGACCAAUGACCACCAGCACAUGCUUAGCAGUUACAUUACAGACCUGUUCCACUUGUUGCUCACGGGAAAUGGAAGCACCAAGGUUCAAGUUUUAAAACUGCUUUUGAAUUUGUCGGAAAAUCCAGCCAUGACAGAUGGACUCCUUGGUGCCAAAGUGGAUUCAUCAUUCCUUUCCCUUUAUGAUGGCCAUGUAGCAAAGGAGAUUCUUCUUCGAGUUCUCACACUAUUGCAGAAUAUAACUACCUGCCUCGAAAAGGACGGCCGUUUAGUUAUUCAGCCAACUUUCACUGAAGGUUCACUGUUUUACCUGUUAUAUGGAGAAGAAUGUGCCCAGAAAAUGAGAGCUUUAGUUUAUCACCAUGAUGCAGAUGUGAAGGAAAAGGUAACAAUGAUACCAAAAUUCUAACUGGUUGGUCAUAUUUUUCCAAAGAGUAAUGCAGUCUAGAAAUAAUACACAUUAAACUUCUCAUUUUUCACCUUCCUUACAAAGGGAUUCUUUCAACUGCUGAAUUUAAACAAACAGUAAAUAUCACCUUUCAUCAUUAACACAGCUACAACUUGCCCUGGUCUUGGAUCAUUUUAUUGAUACCAAAAGAAUAUAAGAGCUUGUUCUGAAACCA